UUGUCAUGAUGCGUGAAAACUAUAUACUUCGCCUCUGCCUGUUGUUCUUGUUACACAUAAAGUCUAGUUGAUGUGGCCAUACCCAUUGCUAAUUUCCAAAGAUGGACCAGAGAGAGGUUCUUAUGCGUUAUGUCAAAGACUUCCAGAAAAAGAAAGAGAAUUCAGAAGAGUUUACCAGUGACUUCACGAAUUUAAAAAAACAAUCUGCAAAGUUCAAGACAAACCAAAGUUAUACCACCAAGGUUGCAGAAAGGCCUGAAAACUUUAAGAAAAACCGAUAUAAAGACAUACUUCCGUUUGACCAUAGUCGAGUGAAACUCUCACUGAUCACAUCUGAUGAAGACACGGAUUACAUCAAUGCCAAUUUUAUUAAGGGUGUUUAUGGUCCGAGGGCAUAUAUUGCCACUCAAGGGCCCCUGCCUGGGACACUCACUGACUUCUGGAGAAUGAUCUGGGAAUAUAAAGUUGUGGUUAUAGUCAUGGCGUGCAUGGAGUUUGAAAUGGGGAAGAAAAAGUGUGAACGUUACUGGGUGGAAUUGGGAUCUGAAGUGUUACAGUGUGGACCUUUCGCUAUUCAGUGUAGCGAUGAGAAGAAAAAGACAGACUAUAUCAUCAGGACACUGGUGGUUACCUAUGGGAAUGAGAUAAGAAUUGUUCACCAACUUCAUUAUAAGAACUGGCCAGACCAUGAUGUUCCCUCCUCUACCGAAUAUAUUUUGAACCUGAUAAAAGACAUUAGUCAGCUCCAGCAAGAUGAUAGUCCACCAAUAUGUGUCCACUGCAGUGCUGGCUGUGGAAGAACUGGGGUUAUUUGUGCAAUUGAUUAUGUGUGGAGACUCCUAAAAGAUAAGAUUAUUCCAAUGAACUUCAGUGUUUAUUGCAUCAUUCAGGAAAUGAGAACUCAGAGGUAUUCACUUGUCCAGACCAAGGAACAGUAUGAAUUAGUCUACCAUGCUGUGGUCCAACUAUUCAAUAAAGAACUUGAACGGAUCAAUGCAGAAAAUUGCUCUCCUAUGUCAGAAGUAAGGCAAACUCAUUCCUCCAAUUCGUCACCUGCAUUACCUUCAGUUAACCUGGCACAUGGUUACACAGAUCAAAGCAAAGUUGAACUGUCGCCACAAGAGGAGAUUUUCCAAAACUCUGCUGGAUUUUGUCCAAUAUCCUGUAGCCCAGUAGUAAAGCUUCGUAAUGGAAUUCAGACCUCAUUCAUAUCCAAAUCUGGAACUUGUACUACUUCUACCAACCAGCAAUCUGACCCAGUUAGACCAUUUGAAGAUGUACCUGAUGCUCUAUCAAGUUUGAAGCCAUGUAAACAGCAAGAUACACAAUUUGGAAAUGUUAAUUCCAAUGACCUCCUCUUCAAAGCACACUCUGGUGAUACGAGAAGUUACAGUGGGCAUCAACCAUUAAUAAAAACCAAAUCGUCACCAUUUGAACUGCUAAAGAACAGAUACGUAUCAGAUUCAGCAGCUUCAGAUUCCCAUAUGUUUAAUAAUCCAAGAGGUCAUGUUAGAGAAUGCCUUCGUUGUGAAAUCACUGGCUCUUUGGGUAAUAUUAGUACUGUCCCUAGCACACAUGCUUAUAUACGUUUGACUGAAGACCCUUACUUCUCACCAUCAUCUUCGUCUUCUGACCCGGGAUCUCCAAAGUUUGCCAAUUUCUAUGUGGUAGCAUCAUACCCUGAUGUAGCUAAGCUACCAACUAAUACACUAAACAUGGAAUUACUACCUUCUGGUACUGCUCCUGUGCCUCACACCAAUAUAACUUCUGCAGACAAAUGCAGAGAGCGAGUUCCUCUUAGCCUUGAUGACGAAAGGCCCCCUCCUUUGCCAGAACGCACUCCAGAAUCCUUCAUUGUAGCCAAUCAAUGUGAACCAACACAGAAGCCUCCAAAACUGGAUCCUCUAUUAUUUAACGGGAAAAUUGGAACCUCUUUGGAAUGGGGAGGUGCAUCUAUUUGUAAACCUGUUGAAUCAAACCUCAUGACACGUAGUAAGAGCGUGAAAGUUAGGAGUUUCAGGUUGGAGGAACUGCAUCAUAGAUCACCUUCUCCUCCUCCAUUGCCAGAAAGAACUGAGGACUCGUUUAUAAUAACUAGUGAAAUUGGUGACCUGCAGAACAAUGUGCCUGAAAGACAUGGUCCCUCCAGAGUCAUGAUCACAGAACAUAGAGAAGUGGUGGCAUCCAGUGAGCCUGAAGCGCAAAUGACAAGGAAAAAAAGUCUGAAAAUAUUGCGGAAUGUUACAAAAAAUCUAUGCAGUUCAUCAAAAUCAUCAGAAUCCUCUUCAUCCCACAAUGUGCUUUCGUUUCUACACUUUGGAUUUGGACAUCGAUUUGCAAAACCAAAGGGUCCCAGACAUCUUCCUACAUCAUGGAACCUAUAAUUUAAUAUGGACUUUCAGAUGUAUAUUUCAACAAUUUGCAGGCAUGAAGGAUAUUGGUAUCC